AAUGUAUAUUAGAAUAUAUUACUAUAUACAGUAUAUAUAUUAUACAGUUGUGGGAAUGUGUCAGAACGUUGUAUAUGUCAGUGAUUGAUAAAUUAGACCUUUUGUUUGCCCAAUGGGGUGGAGUCAAAAAAGAAUGACCAAGGAGAAGGGUUGGGGCACACAGUGUGUACUCAACUUGCCAGGGAGAACUACAGCUAGCAAAAAAACUACCUAAACGAACUCCUUCGCCAUGAACUCUGAAGCAAGCGUGAGAAAAGAAAAUGCAGUUGGUUCUGUUUCAGAAAACAGGGAGUGGAGGUGCCCUUUCGGGGAUGGACAUAUCCACAGAGAAGAUGUGAGAAAGGUUUGGAAAGAAUGCCAAGAGCAGAGCUUCUGGUACAGAGCUCUUCCCUUCUCUUUGGGCAGCAUGGCCAUCACAGGGGCUCUCAUCUACAAUGAUGUUUGGAAAAAGUCAAAGAGAUUUGGUCCUUUUCCCAAACUAGCAGUGGCUGGAAUCCUCGGUUAUGCAAUGGGAAAAGCAUCUUAUGUCAGUACCUGUCGUCGCAAGUUCCAAGAGCUCGGGAUCGAACCAAUGUUUGGACCCUGGUCUGGCCCUGGACAAAGAUCCUGUCAUCAUGUGUGUGAAGAGUGUAAGAAAAAGACAGAAGCCCCACCUGCACACUAAAAGAGCUUCACUCAGUGGUUCUCAACAUGAACAAUACAAGCAAUAUCUCUUGAGUCUCAAAUGCCUAAUAAAGACUUGGUCUGAAC